GAUGUUAAUUCAUUCUUUAAGCCACUCAUCGUGUCAGCACAGCAAAAUAAGUUAUUACAGGGAGGGGUGAUGAUUCAUAAACAUUCAUACAUUGGCCGGCAAUUUUCUGCAAUGACUUAACAACAUUGUGUGAACUAUUAAUACAUGUCACAUGGACCAGGAUCUAGCUGAGGCGCUGGACUCUGGCUCUGACAUGGAGAUGGAGAGAGGCAUCGUCCAGGUCCAGGAGCAUUCGGCUCAACACAGGGCCAAGAUGUGGAAGAUUGCUCUAAAUGUCUCCGGAAAAGGAGACAGCCUUUCUCCCUGGGACGGCGUCCUCGAUUUACCAGAACAGACCCUCAUUCACAACCGCAGUGAACAGCUGAUCGACCAGCUCGGAGUAUCUGAGGAAGAGAGGCGAGACAUGGUGUCUGAUGUUGAGUCGGUCAUCACUUUUUACUGUAAGUCCCGCAACAUUUCCUUCACUCCGGAGCUGAGCUGGCCACACCUGCUCAAACCACUACUGGGGCUUCAGCUUCCCCGCAGCGACCUCUACAACUGCUUCUACGCUAUCAUGAACAAAUACAUCCCCAGGGACUGUGUGCCAAAUGGCCGACCCUUCCACCUGUACAGACUACUGCUGCAGUACCAUGAGCCAGAGCUCUGCUCCUUCUUGGACACCAAAAAGAUCACACCGGACUCCUACGCCAUCAACUGGCUGGGCAGUCUGUUUUCCAGCCACUGCCUUCCUGAAGUUACCCAGGCCUUGUGGGACUUCUACCUCCAGCAGGCUGACCCCUUCCUCAUCUUCUUCCUCCUGCUCAUCAUCCUCGUCAAUGCCAAAGAGGCCAUCCUGACACAAGAGGGAGACAGCAAAGAGGACAUCAUCAAAAUGCUGGAAGUGUCUCCUUCUCACCUGGAUUCCGAGGACAUUGAAGAUUUGUUUUCUCUGGCCCAGUAUUACCAGAGCAAGACCCCUCUGUCACUCAGAAAGAUGAACCAGAAUCUGUUUGGUAGCAGCCUGGUGGCUCUGAAAGAAGAGGACACUGACCUGAGUCAAGCACUGUGUCUCCCUGUGUCUGUCCCUGAGAUCCUGCAGGCCAACCAGCUGCAGCAGGAUGGGGUACGAUUCUUUGUGGUGGACUGUCGGCCUGCAGAGCAGUACAACUCUGGGCACCUGUCCACGGCCUUCCACCUGGACUCUGACCUGAUGCUCCAGAACCCCUCUGAGUUUGCGCUCUCUGUGAAGUCCCUCUUGGAGGCUCAGAAGCAGUCUUUGGAGUCCGGCUCAAUCGCCAGCGGAGAGCACCUGUGCUUCAUGGGCAGUGGGAGGGAAGAGGAGGAUAUGUAUAUGAACAUGGUGUUGGCCCAUUUUCUGCAGAAAAACAAAGAAUAUGUCAGCAUUGCCAAAGGAGGUUUCAUGGCCCUCCAAAAGCAUCUGGUAGACAUGAAUAUUGAGGGUCUUGACUCGUCAUACGUCCACUGGAUCGUCAGCACGUCAGGAUCUCACAGCAGCCUCAGCUCUGCAGAUGGAGAGUCCCUAAGUAGCCCUGGAGACAGCAAAGGCGUCAAGUCUUUGGUCAACAAAAUGACGUUUGCUCUCAAGUCCAAGUCAGUAAACGUAAAGGAGAAGAUGAUCAGCUUCAUUGAGAAUACCUCCACCCCUGUAGAAAGAAUGUCUUUCACUCUGCCCUGGCCAGAGAAGGUGACUCCAGAUCGGCAUGUGAGCAGCAGCGACCGCGUUGGCAAACCUUACCGCGGGGUGAAGCCCGUUUUCAGUAUUGGUGAUGAAGAGGAGUACGACACAGAUGAGAUCGACAGCUCGUCCAUGUCAGACGACGACAGGAAGGAGAUUGUCAACAUUCAGACCUGGACAAACAAACCAGAUGUAAAGCAUCACAUUCCAUGUAAUGAGGUGAAAGAAACGGGCCACAUGUUCCCCAGCCACUUGUUGAUCACAGCGACUCACAUGUACUGCCUGCGGGAGAUCGCUGCAAGGAAAGGCUUUGCCUACAUCCAGUCCAGACAAGCACUGAACUCUGUGGUGAAGAUCACAUCCAAAAAGAAGCACCCAGAACUGAUUACAUUCAAGUUUGGCAGCAACAACUCAGCUGGAGUGGAGAUAACGGCAGUUGAGAGAUAUUUGAUACCCAACGCAGGCGACGCCACCAAGGUCAUUAAGCAGCAGAUCAUGAAAGUCCUAGACGCUCUGGAGAGUUCGUAAAGGGAGAUGACGGGGUCGUGAUGGCCAGCAGCGACACAAACUGUAAGAAGAGUCUCUGUCUGCCGAGAGUGAAACUCUCUCCCGCUCUCCCCUCGGCUGUCCUCUCCCUCCUGGACAGAUCCAGUGCAGUGUUGACUGUGAAGCCCUGUGUGUCUGUGUUUGGGACGUGGGGACACACUGCUGACUGCAGGCCUGUGGGACAGGCUGGGUGUGUUGAAAUACUUAGGUGCUCCGCAGUCAUCUAACCGUUCUCUUACACUAAGUUCAACAAUAUUGGUUAUACUGUACAUUUUUCUUUGUUAUUGACAAAACAUGGGAUCUUACUGCAGUGCAAUUCCACUUUGGCAACGUUUCUCUGGCCUUAACGUAGCGUACUAAGCGACCUGUUCAAUCAAGACUUUUUCCUUUUGACUCGAGCGUCUCAAUUCCGACCCGUUUGUUUUGUAGUGAACAGUAGUGCAGCUCGGUCAUGUCUAUGAAUUUACUUUUCAGAUGUGUUGAGGGUAGAUUUAUUGAUCAUAGUUCUGGUCUGGAAUUGAGUGAAGCGUGAGGCGACCAGCUCAAACAUUAAGAUGCACAAAUCCCCCCCCCCCCCCCUCAAAAAAAGCAGUGCUGACAUGUGAGGCAGAUUUCCCACCGCAACAACUGUUUUUGAUAACUCUUAUUUUCCAACAGGCAGCCUUAAAUAGAAAUUAUUUGAGGAUGUUUAUAAAUAACUGAAGUGUGUAUAUUGUGUAAACUGCUCUAUAUCAGACAGACCUUUGCAAUGUCCUUUUGAAAGCAUAUCCUGAUUAGUUAGAAUAUGCAGUGAAAGUAAAACUGGCUUCUAAACCAGCUCACACGGUUUGAAGCUCCCCUUUCUUUCUAGAGCUAUACAUAUGAUAAUGAAUUAACCUCAUCUCAUAGCAGUGUGAUGUAGCUCUCAGAAAGCAUGGUUUGCAGCCCCUCUGGACUACAUUAGUAUUACAACAGGAGGUUCGCUGAUUGCAGUUGUUAAGAGCUUGAACGCCUCAGUAUUUUCCAUCCCAUUUAGAUUCAGUAUGGGAAUGAUUUCCCCCUAGUUCACCUUAUUUAAAAAUGUCCAGGUGAAAUAAGUUGCUGAUUAUGUUAGCAUCUAGCAGGCUAUUAUUGCAGUUGAAGCAUCACCAUGCUAACUUCUACCUAUUUAGAAAGGAAAAGAUCACUGUAACAUGGACUUUGCUUUGCACUUUUAAGCACUGCUUUGAGAGGAACGAAAUGAUUGUAAAAAAAAAAAGGAAAAGUCAUUAUAUAUCCAUUUUCAAAUCUGUCUCCACUGUAUUAGUCAAAACUAAGCGGCUUUAGUUUGCUUGCCACUGUUGCCUUCGGCCUCAUGCCUGUGAUGUGUGAUAUUGGCACCAGCAGUGGCAACAUAUCACAAUAUACAUUGCUGCUUCUCAUCUAAUCUUAAACUCUGUUGCUUUCUUAUUCAUUUGCGUUGGAAGUCUAGCUGUGUAGGCAGCCUGGGUUUGAAGUGUCCAAAACUCUGAAGUGAUGCAGCACCUUCCUGAUAGCUCCAGUUGAAACGUCUGUCCAGAGAGGGUUUAUCCCUUUUAUCCAUUAUAAUAAUGAAAUGAUAAAUUAAAUGAGGGGAGAGCUCAAGGCAUAUUUAAAAUAUGAAAACCAAAACUUGAACUAAAGACUCAUAAAUCUGGUCUUUCUUCAAUCUUGUCGUUCAUAGCAUUCCUGUGUAACCCAUGCAUUGUGUUGUAAUUUAGUGAUAUUUUUUCAGUAUUGACUGGAACAUCCUUGAGUCUUUACAUUACUCUGUAACAUCACUAGCAAAGGAUGUCACCACUAGUUGAAAUGCAACAUGUCUCAAGUGUAAUUUGCACCUUACUGUACCGCUAUUAUUUUCUAAGCUUUUCUGUUUUUAAUAAAUGGAGAUUAUUCGACUGCA